AGCGAGCAGAAGAGGCGAUCUCGCAUUGUUCAGUUUCGCGUGUUGCACCGUCGUCAGCGGUUGUUAAAUGCGAGGUGGUGUGUGGUAAGCGCAGAGAGCAUGAUGGUUUGACGGAUCCUCUGGCUAACAUGUGUGCCGUCACUUUCGUCAACCCUAAAGCCCUGCCCCUUCUUCUAGCCGCUUUCGCCCUCACUAUAUCCAUUUUUUUCGAGGGAAAAUUGACAAGUGAAGCCUUGCCUACCAUGAGGUUUGAGCGCAGUGUCGAUGAUGGCCCUCUUCAAGGAUCGGACUUUCUUUCUCUCCUCAUGAGUGCCCCUAACCCUCCAAGGUCGGAAGAAGUAACACCAGCAACUCUAAAAACCAGCACAGAAAGUAGAAUGACACGUAGCACCUAUCAUUUACACCCUUACACGAAUACCAUAAGAAAACACAGACCAACCGUAGGUAGCCUAUUCAAAAUCGAGAGGAACAACAGGGAAACCAGUGAAAACAGUGAUAGUGAAGGUAUAGUGGUAGCUGUCAGGGUGUCUUCUUCAGUUGGCAAGACCUUGAUCAACAAGGAUGUGAGACAAGGAAGUUACGAGCAAGAAAAGAAUGAUUUAAGUGAUGUAGAUCAAGAGAAACACGCCAACACAACACCGGGAAAUGUUGAAGAUCUUGGUUCAAGUUCGUUAGAUGCCAACCACGUAGCUGACGUCGUAGACCAGAUUUCAAUAGCUUCCGAAGAUCAUCCUAGCGUGAUAGCAGAGUCCAACAAGAGCGAAUUCAACAUAGAGGAGAAAGAACCUAUAACAACAGAUUCAGAAUCAUCUCAAUCAGCUUUCGUCGAAGUUCCGGCUAGAUUACCAGAUUUUAACCCACCUGAAGAUUUGCUCAAACAAGGCCAAAGUCAAACUAAGGUCCACCCUUACCAACAAACUAUAAUCUUCCACAAUACCGGAGACUCCAACCAAGCACGAUCAGUGUCUUACAGCAGUGUUGCACAGGGUGUUUCCAGUUUGAGGGACAAGUUGCACGAGAGGCAAGAAAGGAAUUACGAUGGGUCCAAAAGCUCGGAUUACCUCAAUAAUUUCGGCAAUUCUGAAAAGGACAAGUCCAACGGUAGUAGCUCCAGUCAAACUCAAUCCUAUCCAGUAACUGAAAGCUCUAGGAAACCUUGGAACAGACCUAGCAGCACCUCCACUCCAAGGUUCAGUGAGAGGAACUGGGAAUCUCCAGAGAAAUCUUACGUACCAAGGCCCACCCAAACACCUUACCAGGCGCAAGCAGAACAAAACUACGAAGUCGACGAAUCGGUCAGUGUCGUAACAAACGGGAGGGUGCACGGGGUGCAACCCCCCAAACAGAAUGCGGACGAGAAAAGCAAAAAAGACGAUAACCAAAAAGUGGGUUACGUGGUAGAGGGCAGAAAUUAUAGGAAAUAUCGCGUUGAAGAAAGGACCUCAGACGGGUUCAUAGUCGGAGAAUACGGGGUGGUGAGCCAUGACGAUGGCUCGCUCAGGGGCGUACGUUACACGGCCGAUGGUACGAUAAAUCCUCGUUUGAUCUAUGACGCGCUGAUGAAGUUUCUGUCUUUGUGAUUUGUUUUCAAUUGAUGCCAUAGACUUGUAGUGCUUAGAGAUGUGGAUGGUGCUAGUUUUGUCUUCGGUUUAUGUGGAUUUAAGGUGCCAUUUUCUGUUAAAUAUUUUGUAUACUAAAUUUUUUGUAUAUUUGAAUUUGAAAUAUGUUUCCUGAGGUUGUCAACCUUUUGGUCUUCUUAUGUCUUCGCAUGUGAAAUCUAAAAAAUGUUAUUCUGACUUCUGACUGUAAUUUUUUUUUGUUGGAAAUUCCUAUUAUUUCUCGUGUAAUUCUUUUGAUCCAAUAUUUUAGUUACCUCCAUGUCUGUAAGCGAAGUGUUGUGAUCUAGGUGCUGUUAAUCCAAGUACUGCCUAAUUUAAGUUCCUCGAAAUGGACUGAAGCUACUGAAAAUAAAUUUCCGUUAUCAAGAUGCUACUCUAAUUUUGAUUGUAAAAUGUCAUGGAAAUCUGAUAAUUUCUUGCCUUUGUAUGACUUGAACGCGUUACUUUUAUAUUAUGUUCGAAAAUUGCUCAUGAUCUAGUUGUAAAUGUAAGCUAUUGCGAUUUUUUUUACGUCUUGUGAGAUAUUUCUGAUGAUUUAUGUAACUAGUUAAUUUUUGUGUAAGUCAUUAAGAUAAGAACUGAAUAAAAGAAGCAAUAUUAAA